CCUCCUUCCUCUUCCCCUCGGAAACCCUGACUCCCAUGUUCUUUCAAAGAAUCUCCACCGUCGCCGGCCGCCGGAACACGAAUCUCCAUGCAUCCCGAAUCCUCCUCCUCUCAUUCGCCAGCCUCCUCCUCCUUUUCGUCUCCCUCAUAGCUUACCACCGCGCCGGCAUAGAUUCUUUCCUCGUCUUAUCCCCCAUCAAAUCCCUCCGAUCAAUCUCCUCCGCCGACCUAUUUCUUCAAUCGGAGCUUCCGAUGCCGCCGGAGAAUGCGGAUGAGCCGUCGAGGCUGGCGAUCUGUUUGGUGGGUGGAGCGCGGCGGUUCGAGCUGACGGGACCGUCGAUCGUCAAGAACUUGCUGAAUGAGUAUCCGAAUGCCGAUCUAUUUCUUAACAGCCCGCUCGACGAGGAUUCGUACAAGUUCUUCCUGCUCAACGAUGCGCCGCGGAUCGCCGCUGUUCGGAUCUUUGUGCCCGAUCGGAUUGAAGAAACGGAGUCGUACCUUCGGGUCCUUAGCUCUGAAAACUCUCCCAAUGGCAUACAGGGCUUGCUGCAAUACUUCAGUCUAGUGGAGGGCUGUCUGUCUCUAAUCAGCACCCAUGAAUCCCGCCACAACUUCACCUUCAAAUGGAUCCUCCGCAGCCGCGUAGACGGCUACUGGACUGCUCCCCUCACCCCCUCUGUCUUCCAACCCGCAGCCUAUGUCAUCCCCCCCGGCUCCCGCUUUGGCGGCCUCAACGACCGGUUCGGCUACCGCUUCACCUCCACCGCCGCGCUCUCCCGCCUCUCCCUCCUCCCCCGCCUCGACGUCGCCGGUUAUCACGGCCUAAACUCCGAAUCAGCCUUCAAAGGACAGGUAAACAUCUCCAGCUUACAAGUGCGUGAAAUUCCACUCCCCUUCUGCGUUCUCAGCGAUCGACGCUACGAAUUCCCGCCGGGGAAGUACGGCGUGCCGGUGGCCUCGAUGGCGAAUGUCGGGCCGUUGAACGGAGCCAAGUGCCGGCCGUGCUCCACGGCGUGCCGCGGGGAAUGUGCGAUGAAAAUCGUGAGCAGAAUGGUCGAUGGGUGGAGUUGGGCUGAGUGGACGGAUUUGAGGAAGGAGAGAAGUUUGGAGCUGUGUAAUGCAACGGAUGGAUGGAAGGAGGGGUGGGAGGAGGUGUUUGAUAGGGUGGCGGGAGAGGCGGCGGCGGCCGUGAGGCGGAGGGUGGUUGCGGUGAAGCUGCAGGAGUGUGUGGAAGAGUUUGAGAAGAUGGAGCGGCGAACAGAGAGGUGGGACGCACCGGCGGCAGUGGAGAUAUGUAGAUUGGGGUUGAUAGGAGGAUGAUUGACUUAGAGGAGAUGAUUUUAUUCUAGGACAACAAAUAUAGAUUUUUAGCUUUAAUUGAUAAAAUUAUACCUUGUAUUGAACACAUAGACUAACACAAAUUCUAUGGAAAUAAAACAUUUUUAACAUACAUAUAGGCAACAUAGAGCAGGAAGAAGAACGCAUUUCAUGUAAGAUUGUACUGAUCAUAAUGAUAACAAUAUGGGCAUUGAUACAAUGUUAAGGACUUUUAGGGUUUAAUAAAGUGAUGCUAUUC